CGUUGCACAAAACUGGAUCGAGAUCUACAAUUUUGUUAAGCAGCUUACAGAAAGAUUCGUGAGCCCUGGGAUGAGAUUAUCUUUCAUAGUGUUUUCUUCCCAAGCGACCAUUAUUCUGCCAUUAACGGGAGACAGCCAAAAAAUCACUGAAGGCUUAAAAAAUUUAAAAGAAGUCCAGCCUGUAGGAGAGACAUAUAUACAUGAAGGGUUACGACUGGCCAAUGAACAAAUUAAGAAUGCAGGGGGAUUGAAAACCUCUAGUAUAGUGAUUGCACUGACGGAUGGGAAAUUGGAUAAACUGGUGCCCAAGUAUGCAGCCAAAGAGGCAAACAUAUCGAGGACCCUUGGGGCUAGAGUUUAUUGUGUUGGAGUUCUUGAUUUUGAUCAAGCCCAGCUUGAAAACAUUGCAGACUCCAAAGACCAAGUAUUCCCUGUCAAAGGAGGAUUUCAAGCCCUUAAAGGAAUAAUUAACUCUAUAUUAGAAAAGUCAUGCACAGAAAUAUUGGACUUGGAACCAUCAAGUGUCUGUGUAGGCCAGGAAUUUCAAAUUGUGCUGACAGGAAGAGGGUUCACAGUAGGCAGAAGUGGAAACUCUGCUUCCUGUACCUUUACUGCGAAUGAAACAUACACCGUGAGUGUAAAACCAGUAAGUAUGCAGUCGAACUUUAUGCUCUGUCAGGCACCCAUCCUGCAUGAAGUUGGAGAAACUCUUGAGGUUUCUGUGAGUUUGAAUGAAGGAAAAUCUGUUCUCUACAGCUCAUUGACAGUCACAGCUACACAAUGUUCCAAUGGAACUGCAGCAGUCAUUGCUAUUUUGGUGCUACUUCUUCUUGUGGGCAUUGGUUUAAUGUGGUGGUUCUGGCCCCUUUGCUGCAAAGUGGUUAUCAAAGAUCCUCCACCACCACCACCACCACCACCCAAAGAGGAAGAAGAAGAAGAGCCUCUACCUAACAAAAAAUGGCCAACAGUAGAUGCUUCCUAUUAUGGAGGUCGAGGAGUUGGAGGAAUUAAAAGAAUGGAGGUUCGUUGGGGUGAUAAAGGUUCUACUGAAGAAGGUGCAAGGUUAGAAAAAGCCAAAAAUGCUGUGGUGACAAUUCCUGAAGAAACAGAAGAACCUGUCAGACCUAGACCACCUCGGCCCAAACCUACAUACCAGGCCACUCAGACGAAGUGGUACACUCCAAUCAAGGGUCGGCUUGAUGCACUCUGGGCUUUGUUACGUCGGCAGUAUGACAGAGUUUCUUUGAUGCGACCUCAGGAAGGAGAUGAGGGCCGAUGCAUAAACUUUUCCCGUAUUCCCUCUCAGUAAGAAAGAAGGCAGAAAAAACAGAAGAAAAACCAUCAUCAUGUCACGUUGACGAUGCCAAAUUAUGUUAGUGUGAGCAGAAACACUGUGGGGGAGGAAGAAGGGAGCAGCUGAAGAAAAAGACUCAAAUGAUCCAGUCACUUUUGAUACUGUACUUCAGAUGCAAAAUGGAUAUUCGAGUCGAAACCUGACAAAGCGCGCCUGCUUUGAUGUGAACUGGUAUAGACAAUGACCAGUGGCUGGGUCAGUGGGAUGUCUCUCUGUGAGCAGAGAAGCUUAUCAAAUGACACUAAAAAUAAGUUCAACAACCAUCACAUGGUUGGGGGAGGCGGGGGCGAAGGCGAAUGCUUCCCGUUGGGUGGGCACGCUGCACAGGCGCAAGAUGGGAAGAGCGAUGUGGAGCAUCCUGUUCUCAACACCCCUUUGUGUUCAUCAUGGAAAUUUCAAGGGACACAAAUGAUUCUCUUGGAUGGUCUCCAAAUUGGUGGCAUCGCUCAAAGACGCUAUAUAUCUAUAUCUCUAUAUAUAGAGAUAUAGAUAUUCAUUGCCUUUUUAAAAAUCUCUUGCUUGAGUUUAUUUCUCACUGGCUGAAAUCAAAGCCAUGUGUACAAGUAUUUCAUAAAUAAAAUUCUUUUCUUAGCCUAUCAGAUAACUUUCUUUUGGUCCACUGAAGGCAUGUGCUUUGUAUCAGUGAACUUCAAAUUGUGUUUUUUAUCUGAAUGUAGUAGUUCUCUCCCCAGAGGUAGGAAUUGAUGAGAAAGAUGACCAUGGGACCUGUCCAGAGCAGCAUACUUUUCAGCCUGUGGUUUGGAGUUAUAACCAUAAUUUUAGCUCUUAUCAGCUCUUCCUCUUCAGCUCACCUUUGAAUGGAAGGAGCCACUUUUUUACCAAAUUUACUCACUGGUUAUACUAUCUUCUGAACUUCAGGAAGGCAUGUCAGUGAUGUUAAUGCAACUGAUCUGUGUCUCUUUGAUGUUCAUUUUAAGUUUGUCUAAAAAUACCAUGUUUAUAAAAUGGUGGGUGAACAAUGUGAAUAGCCCCCACCCAAUGACAAGUGGCUUUUGAUAAACUGUCAUGCAAAUGGAUUUUGAGUUUGAUAGUACUUCCUGGAAUACUUUUUGAAAGGAAGAGGCAAUAGUCUAGUCCUAGAGGAAAAAGAGAAUUCUUAAGGGCUUGAAUAAAAUUCUGCUUAAUGAUACACUAGUUGUUAGAAUGUCUCAGGUUAAGUUUAAAACAAAAAUAAUAAAUUUGUUUGAAACAAUAUUCUUUACACAAAGAGAGCACACCAAAGUAGAGCAGACCAAAAACUUCUAGAACAUUAGAGGCUUAGGAUAACGAGGUUAACUCAUAUGCAGUUAGAAAUGAACGUAGCAUUUGAUGGAAUAUAAAUUUUCGGAACAAUUGACUAAAGAUUUUUUUUGAAUUUUAUCACCUCUUACAUGUACAAGUCACCAAAAGGUGAAAAACAUCAGGGAGAAAAAUAUUACCAUAUGCAAAUACAUUGUGCAUGCGAUUUUCCCCUCUUACAUGAUAUAUUUGUAAAGAAAUUCACAAUUUCAAUAUAACUCUGUCUUAAACAUUCAAUAAAAUUAUAUAUUUAUUUGAUGCAUGAAGAAGAAGAAAAUCUGCUUUAUUUACUGGACAUGAUGUCAAUGCAAUACUUUUUUCUCAGUAUAUACCAAUAAACCCAUAUCCAUUAUCCCAAUUGUGUUGCAUAAGGUGGUAAAAACAAUUAAGUGGGAAAUGACUCUUAACUUAUGUGUCUACUCUGCCUAGAUAGAAAGUUUUGAAGGCAUCUAUAUAUAUUUCAUAACAGUGUCUGUUCUUUAUGGAUUUAAUCCAUAAAUAUUUAUCUAUCUGAAAACUUUGAUACUUGGAAUGUUUUCCUUGAAGCAUUUGGUGCUCAGAGGGAGGAAAAAAAAAACAUUUGGUGCUAAGCAUUGCACACUGAUUCCUUUCCCCAAGUUUAUUCUAUUUUAAAAAGUUAUAUUUUCUUUCCAAUAAGAUGCAGAAUAAAAUUUGAGGACUUCCAUUAAGCAGGGAGCAGCAUCUGUCAUCCAUGGAGAGUUCCUAUUUUGGCAAAAUAGACAAUAUGAGUUUUAUAGUUUUUCCAAUUGAAAAUGGUAGAAAAGUAAAUGAUUUCCUUUGAUUACCCACUGUACUUUUUAUUCAUACUUAAUUUUAAAUCAUAAAUUAUUUAAUAAAUUUUUCUAUAAUAAA